AUGUCUGACGCCGGCCCCAUCAGCGACGACCGCCAACUCCUCUCGGCCCUCAAAAAGGAUACCCAUGAUGUAGCCCGCAGCGACGCUUCUGAAGCCACCAAAGAACACACUCAAGGCGCCAUGGGCAAGCUCGCUGCCGCAAUCGCCCAACAUGAAGGAGCCCCUAAUCUCCAGAGAGGCAGCAACAACACAAUCGCGCAAGUGCGGAUGAGUGAUGGCCCUGUCGAUAAAGAAGCCAUCCAGGAGAGUUUGAACGCACACGCCGAAGCCAUGAUGCAUGAAACAAGCCGCCUGCAAAGUGCUGCCGACCAAUACCGACUUGCUCAGGAAGGGAAGUAG